AUAUCAACGCCGUAAAGAAUGCCUUUUCAAAAUUUAAGACUCACAAUAAUGCUCAACAAAAUAUUGGGACUAGUCUCGUGCAAAUUGGUGAACGGUCAAUUUAAACCAGGUAGUAAAUGGAAUUGUUGUUUCUGUAUGUUAUGGUUCUUGUUUCAUUGCUGGUACACGAGUGUAUUCUAUCACUUGUCGUACAUCGCACCACCUGAUGUAAAAAAUCAAAAUGGUUUUGUACUUUCCAUCGUGCGAUUUAGUGCGUUUACCGUCUCGUUGCUUCCUUAUCAUUUCGUGGCUGCCUUUCGGAAUAAAGAUUUUGUGAAGUUCUCCAAUAAACUUUUAACAUACGACGAGCAGGCGGCAGCAUUGGGAUAUCAAAGGAAGGACAAACACAUAUUCAUAUAUCUGUACUUCAUGUACACGCUUACGACAAUACUGUUCAAGUCGUAUUUCAAUUUCAAUGACAUUAUGUUCAGCGAAAUAAUAUUGAUAGUAACGACGGUGUUGCAUGAAACGAUUCCUACUGUCGUUGGCACCUAUUGUGUCUUUAUAACGUGCAUAUUUUUGGAUUUGAUUCGCCAACGUUUUCGUCAUCUAAACGAGAUAAUAGUCCCUCAAGUAUCGCCAUUACCGGUGACUGGAUUGCAGGGCGAAAUCACAGUUUACCAAGUGCGUUAUUUGCACGGCGUGCUUCUCGACAGCGCCGAUCUGAUAAACAAAUUAUACGGGAUAGGCACCUUGUUCACCUUCGGGUCCAUAUUGCUAGAAUGUAUUUCUGUUUUAUAUGCGUUCUUAACAAAAGCGCAGAAAGACGGUCCCGUGAUACUGAUGGACCUGCUCUUUCAAAUCAUUUUCUUAUUCGCAAUGUAUCACUUUGCGACCUAUGAGGUAAAAAUUGCUAUGUAUUAUUUACUAUUAUUCCAGGCAAAUCGAGUUGAAAGGCGUGUAAUACAAUAUGGAUUACCCUUCUCAAACAAAAAAUAUCGUAUGGACAAAAUCGAGAUGAUGUUAUAUUUUUAUCAUAGAAGAUAUGCUUUCACGGCCGCGGAAUUCUUUGUAUUGGAUCUGACGAUAUUACUUCCGGUAAAAUCGAUUUAUUCCUCGUGCCAUUACUUAGAAAUGUCAUUUCAUAAAUUCUUAUUACAUUUCAGAUUGCUACAACGGUCGCGACAUACUUAACUUUAUUAG